AUGUCCAAGGAACAGGCCUUUGGGAAGUCCAAAAAGAUCAGGAUAGACCCCUUGGAUGUGACUCGAAGCUUGGGCUACCAAACACAUAGACUAAAGGCUCGGAAACCGUGGAGUAAAGAGGAAGACGACUUACUUAGGGACUGUGUGAACGAUCACUUGUUGAAAAUUGGAUUUGAAAAUGGGAUCGAGUCCAUGAAGACGAUACAACAAUCAAACGAAGUGUGCAAGAAUAUGCCUUGGGAUGAGAUUGCAACACAGUUUGAUCGGAAAGUCCGAAAACCGAAAGACAUCAGAAAGAGGUGGGUCAGCUCUUUGGACCCUAAUCUUCGUAAGGGCAAAUGGACCUCUGGAGAAGAUGAACUUUUGAUGAAGUCCUUCGGCAAGUGGGGGCCUCACUGGUUAAAAGUGUCCAGCGAAAUCCCUGGGAGGACUGAAGACCAAUGCGCCAAGCGGUAUAUCGAGGUUCUAGAUCCGAGCACUAAGGAUAGGCUGCGAGACUGGCGUUUGGAGGAAGAUCUGGCUUUAAUAAGUAAAGUAAAACUUUACGGAACAAGCUGGCGUAAGAUAUCGCUUGAAAUGGAGUCUCGACCAAGUCUGACAUGCCGGAAUCGAUGGAGGAAAAUCAUCACAAUGAUCAUGAGAGGAAAAGCAUCCGAAGAAAUUACAAAGGCUGUGCAAGAAACCUCUUUAAGCGAUCACAUACAGUCUCUGGAUGAAUUAAGAGAAAGUUUAAGAAUAAAGCUAGACGAAAUGAAGGACGAAAAGCCAACUAAAGAGGAGAUUAAAAAGGUGUUCGACUCUCAUCAAGACUCAAAGAUGGAAGCAAAUGCUUCACCUAAUGGUUCCCAAGAUUCGAGCAUUUCACAGUCUGACCAAGAAUCCCCUGCUAAAGAACAGUGGUCUCCCAACAAAAAUGACAUAGAUCAAGAUAAGGUCAAUAAUGAUAGGUUUGCUAAAGAUGAGGCUGAUAUACCGAUAAUGCAAAGGGAAAAUCAAACGCAUCACUUAAACGCCGCUCAGCGGUUACGGUCAAAAGAGACACAGCACUCACAAGAAUCACAGCAGCGGGCGCCAUCGACAAAAAUGGCACAUGAAGUGAAGCAAGCAAACUUGCCUCGCUUCCCCCAGCCACUGAACCCAACGCAGCCACUACCGCAAGCCCCACAACCUCCAAAGAAAGAACUUUCUUCACAAAGGAGACGACCUCAUUCUUCUAGGCUCGAUUGGAGCUUUACUUUGAAUGAUGAAGGUGGUGCUUCUGUUGCGAACGGAUUGAUUUCUAGUUCCGAAUUGGUGCAAGAAUUGAUCGACCAAGCCCACCAUAAGUCAUUAACAAUCUCAAUUCAUCAGCAUAUUCACAAUCACUUCGGUGCCGAUUCGCGCUCAGCUAAUUUUCAAGGAUUAUCUGUUACUGAUGAGCUCUUCGGCGAUAUAUCGCCGUAUGCAAUGGCUGGUGAAAGAAACCAAAAACCAUCAAAUUCCCGAGGGUUCGAAACCGACUUUUUGGGUAGAUCUCCUAACUUUUCUGGAUUAGCUCUUGAUACAGAUGGUGACCCAAUGGGCGGAAACCUUGGUUUUCCGCACAGCUACCCUGUUAUUUCAAACUACACCCAAAAACCUGGAAAUGGAAGUUCAAUUGGAUCGCGCUCUACCCCUGGCGGAGACAUAGAAGAAAUUCCAGCGCAUCGUCAAUACCACUUUAACUACCUUCCCCCAACUGUUAAGCCGCAGUUGGGAUCCUCCGACAUAGCCAAGACUCCUGACGUAAGCAGAAGUUUGAACCCUAGUCCGACAAUCUCACAGGCAAGAAUAAAGAGAAGAAAGAAAACCAAAAGCGUAUCGUCAGGAGGCACUCCAAACGGAGGCUGUGGAUCCACUGGUGCGACCCCGAUGGAUUCCGGAUUCUCUCCUGUGCAUGGCAACAACAAGACGGGAAUUGUAGGCCCUACCGCUGGACUCUCCAACGUCGGGGAAGAGGAGGAUUUAGAUUUCUGGGAAAGCCUUAGAUCUUUAGCUGCUGUUCCGGAGUCCAACGCUCGAAAGAGUAAACAAGAUGGUCCCUUGGACGAGUAUGAUUACUUGUACAAUUUUUACGAAGAGCAGAUUGAAGUUCCACACGCGGGUGAUCAACGCCAAAGAAUGCAGCAAGUCGCUAGACGACAGGCACCAAGUGUUGAUCGAGUUUACACAGACGCCGCGUCUAAUAAUAUAAGUCAAGGCCACGUUCAUAGAGGUUUGCCAUUCAAUCCUAGCUGA